ACCUCACACAUCACUGGACAAAGGACACACCCCUUCGCUUGCCCGCAAUUUAGAAUUACAUUAAAAUACUUAUUCUAGUACAGUACUUGUUGCGGCUCGAACUGUAAGAGGUGAUAAGGCGACCCAGAAGCAUAACUUUUUUUCUCAAAGUUCAAAGUAAACGGAAGAUAGGUUGAUACCCUGGAGCGAACACAGGUGUAGAGAGAGACGGCAAGAUAACCUUUGUUUAGUUUUGGACACAAGCGCACAAGGAUUAACUAUUCGUUUUUGGCCGGCAAAAAAGUACCGUACUUAUUUAAUAAUCAAAUAAUCCACAAUAUCUAUAUUAGAAAGAUGGCAAAUUCGGGAAUUCAACUUCUAGGAUUUUCUUUAUCACUUGUCGGCGUCAUUGCACUCAUCGUGGGGACCAUUCUUCCUCAGUGGAAGAUGUCUGCAUACGUAGGAGACAACAUCAUAACGGCGGUUGCUAUGUACCAAGGACUUUGGAUGUCAUGCGCUUUCCAGAGCACGGGACAGCUACAGUGUAAAAUCUAUGACUCGAUCUUGCAGCUGGACAGUGCUCUCCAGGCCACCCGGGCUCUCAUGAUCGUUGGCAUCAUCGUCUCCAUCGCCGGGCUCGGCGUGGCCACCAUGGGCAUGAAGUGUACCACCUGUGGAGGGAACAACAAAGUCCGCAAGUCUCGCACCGCCAUGACUGGUGGCAUUAUCCUGCUGGUGGGAGCUCUGUGUGCAGUAGUGGCCUGUUCGUGGUUUGCACACAAUGUCAUCCGGGCCUUCUAUAACCCCUAUACUCCUGUCAACACCAAGUUUGAGUUUGGAGCGGCUAUAUUCAUUGCCUGGGGAGGUUCUUUCCUGGAUGUGCUAGGGGGGGCCAUGCUGGCUUCUUCCUGCCCCAGGAGUAAAAAACCAGUGCCCAAAUACCCCGCUAUUAGCGGCGUGAGCACUCGCUCACCCCCAGGCAGCACCAAGGAAUACGUUUGAGCUCCCCCUGCUGCCGGUCACCGGAACCACAGGCAAUUGAAGAUGAAGGAUUUCCUGCCAUGUUCCUUUUCGUUUGUAGAUGGGGACGACGCAAUGAGUCUGUAACAAUUAGGGGACAAUAUUUCCGUGUCGCAAGAAAAAGGAAAAGGCAGAUGUGUGUAAGAAACACAGUGAACUUCGUUGUAAUCUGACGGCAUGACAUUAUGUAAGACUUUCCUUCAAAAACAAAAUGCACGACAAAGGAAGCCGAUCAUUCCAUUUCUGCGUAGCCAAAUGAGUCAUACAGGAUUUUAUUCUGAAAUCAUGCUGCCAGAUUGCGCUUAAGGUUUACUGUAUUUUUUUUGAUGUGCUCUUUUGCUCCAUGUAAAAUGUUGCCCUUGAAGUGGACAAUGGGGUGGCAGAUGAGGACACGAUGGUAUGAUGACAAAGAAAGAAUGACUGGAUGUGAUUAGGGUGUUACUAUAAUACCCCUGGCCCCUAAGUGAUGUCUAGCACCCACUCCCAACAUUCCACAGUUGUUUAUGAGUGGGCCUCACAAAUACACUAUAAUUGGUUAUUGGACUCCCUUAUAUUAACGGACCCUGCCCUAGGGCUGCAUGUUCUCACAUUACAUACACACAAUUCUCAUAUUACGGCCCACACGUCGCAUCAUGGCCAAUACUCUCAACACCCUGUAAGAAACACUCUCUAAUUUAGCAUUUCCAUUGUAAUUGAGGGUAAUCAGUGCAAAUCAUUGUGGGUGUUAAUGACCUGGUGUUACUCAGGGGAUAGCUGUGUGUGUGUGAUAAGGAAAGGGACUAGGGCACCGCCAAUAACUAAAUAAAGACAUUUUCUGCAAUUGAAAUGAUGCUCAAGUGUGCCAAGUGUGACCUCACACUUGUUGUGGCUCUAUACGCCACGGUGAUUCACUAAGCAAUUCACUGUUGCCCUCCAAAAGGGGAGAGCUUUUCAUACAGGCCUGCAAUGUACUCUCUCAUUAUCAAAUGUCUUUCGGCGCAGUCAUUUAUUUUUUAACAGGUGCCUCGACAAUAUGUCUUACAAGGAGUGCUAAUUUUUUUCUAAUACACAGUAUUGUCGUCCAACAUUUUUUUUAUAUUUCUUUUAUGACACAUUUAUUAUUUUCAUUUUUGUAUUAUUAUUUUUAUACACCUCAUUAUCAUAAAACUGGUUUUUAUUUAUGGGUUUGUUCAUUAUUCAGUAUGAAGACUUUUUUGUAACAUUACCAUACUACUUAGCAUGGAGCAAUACAUUUGAAACGCUGUCUGCUGGUGUUGAUUUGGGAUUGUUAGUGCUUUCACUGUAGAAGCAUAGGGAAUCAUUUAGGUUUAAUCUUGGUGCUGGAGAAAUGGUCUUUAAGUUUAAUGUCAAAUUGUUCAGCAAACUUCUGCUGCUAAAAGCAAAUUAGACAUCAAACCUAAAAGUGCAUUUUAGUUAGUGCAGAUUUUUCCUUUCUCCAGUAUAUGCCUUUUGAACCUGCUACCCAAAUAAAUAAAUGGGUUUUACUUUACUACUGAGCGCCCCUCUCUCUUUUAUAUAAUAGUUAUGCUGCACACUGAGAACUCAACCAUCCUGCCUUUGCCUGAAAAGAUGCACAGUAGAGUUUUAACCUUGGGUGCUUUUGUAUUUGUUCAUGAAAUGAAAUGACUAGAUUGUAAUAGUACUUAGUAUACUUAAUUGUAAUAAUAUUUUUGUGGUUGUAUGAUCAAGAUUUUUCCUGAAAGGUUUGUAGAGAUGUUUGUUUUAACCAAAUGGCAUGUAGCUUUCUAUAUAAUAAAGGUCUUUGUACAAUUUGUGUA